CAUUAUGUUGGCUGCCAUUAAAAUAAGUCCUUAAAGUGCUUAGAUUUUUUUUUAACUUCUACAACUCCAUGACAAUAAUGCACUGGGACAACUUCUAAUUUACCUUGUGGUGAGUUUGUUUUGGCAAGACGGUUUUAUUUUGAAAGGGGUCAAAACGCCUCUUGCAUCCGACUGCCACUAACCAAUCAAAUGUUUCUCUACAAAAUCAGAAACACCCCAUCUCUUUCUAUUUCAUUACAGUGUGUGUAUUAUUAAAAUGCAUUAACAAUACGAGAUGGAGUGGUAUUUUAUAGCAAUAUUUGGGCUAAAUAAUCACAUAAAUCGUUCCUGAGGUUCAGCAAAGAUCCACCUGUUGCUUUAUCUUGCAGGCCCAUUCAACAGAAUUACAGCCUAUCGACUAGGGGAUUAUGUGGGCAUUGUCUACUUUGUGUUUAUGCGAUUAGAAAGCAUUAUUCCAAUAUGGAGGAAAGAGGUCGCAAAGCUACUACUGUGCAGACGCGGGCACUCCUACGCCUUCAGUCUCCCUCUGCCGUUCAUUGGUCCAUUUAGCAUCUUCAGCACCACGCAGGCUGAACAGCGACACACAGCCGUGCAGCUUUCAUCAAAUGAGGAUGCCGAGCGGCCCUUUACACGGUUAAUAUGAUACUGUUUGUCUGAUAUUUUGUAGCCAUAAUGUCAAUGUUUCAUCAGUCUAUAACAUAUGUUGACAGUCGGUUUAUUUGCAGCUCGUUGUCUCCCCCGAUUUGAUCGGGAAAGACCCGCCUGUGUCGUCUAACUCUGCAGGAGGAAGCUGUUUUUCCCAUCACAAAUGCUCGGACUCCAAGGUUUUGUUUGUUUCACCGGGUUUCCCUCCCGUCGAGUCGACAGGCAUGACGGACAGUAACGCCGCCGCUCAGGUUAUAGGCAGCAGCAUCUCAUGCUCAGUGGAGCGUCAACAAGCCUCGACGCCCGACCACAGGGUCCCCCUGCCUGCGCCCCGGUGUCCGCCGGUCCCCGGACGCCUGUUGUGACAUGACAGCUCGGGGAAGGAAGAAGAGGAUCAAAGGUUACAUGCAGGGGUCCAAGCAGGAGUGCAGACGGCUCGGAUCCUUGAGGAGAGGGCACACGGAAACAGACAGUGUGCACUGUUUGAGUGGAGAGGAUACAAUCAUACCUGUAUCAAAAAUUCAUGUGACACUUUAUUAAUCCCUGCAGGGUGUUUCUCUUCAGAGCACGGGGUUAGCCACUGAGCAGCGCCCCCGGAGCCGGUUGAUGUGCCCAUACAUCAGCAAGGCAGGUGCCUGCUGACACAGGGGGAUUGAACCUGGAUCCUGGUCUCACUGGACCCAGCUGCCCCGCUUGUUGUGAUCUCACUGAAGCCUUAUUGUGAUUCUGAUUUGGGCCUACAGCGUGGUAGCACCCACCUUUGCCUUACAGUUUCAUCUGAUGCACGGCCUCAUAGUGUUGACACUGGUCGAGUCCCAGUCAGCAGUGCUGUUCCCCAGGCCUGGCAGGCUCACUUGGCUGCUCCUGACCAUCACCUUUACGUGCACAGCCAUGGGCUGCAUCCAGAGUAUCGCCUGUAACAAGUCUCGCAUUAAACGGGAGAACAUAGUGGUGUACGACCUGUCCGCUACCAUAGACCACUGCCCGACUGUCAUUGAGGAGAACUCUCCCAUAGUGCUUCGAUACAAGACGCCCUAUUUCAAAGCCUCGGCGCGGAUUGUGAUGCCCCCCAUUUCGCGCAAUGAGACAUGGGUGGUGGGCUGGAUCCAGGCGUGCACCCAGAUGGAAUUUUACAACACCUAUGGAGACGUCGGCAUGUCGAGCUGGGAGCUGCCUCAGCUACGAGAAGGCCUGGUGAGGGCCAUCAGCGACUCAGACGGUGUGAGCUACCCCUGGUAUGGAAACACAACAGAGACUGUCACCAUUGUGGGCCCCACCUCUAAGCCAUCCCGCUUCAUCGUUAGCAUGAAUGACAAUUUUUACCCCAGCGUCACCUGGGCUGUGCCGGUCAGUGAAUCCAACACGCCCUUACUGACUAACAUCAAAAGGGACCAGAGCUUCACCACCUGGCUAGUGGCGCUCAACACCACGUCCAGGGAAAAGAUCCUGCUCCACACCAUCAAGUGGAGGAUGAGGGUCGAUAUCGCGGUGGAUCCGUCCCUGCCACUGGGCUCCAGGGCCAGGCUGGUGGGCCGGGUGCACCAGGACCAGCCGCGGGUGCUGACCCGCAUGGAGCCCAUCACUGCUAACGCCAUGGGGAGGCCCAACGCCAACGACGCCCAGGUUCUGAUGUGGAGGCCAAGGAGAGGGCCUCCGCUUGUUGUCAUACCAUCCAAGUAGAGCAUUGAGAGCAUCUGAUUGGCCGUUAGUUAUAUCAUAUCAUAGUGGGUCACUUCAGAAGUGAAACGGCUAAAAAGGAUAAUCAGAUUACAAGACAAAAAACAGACAAAAUUAAGAUCUAUAAGCAGGCUGAGACGUGUGCCAAUGGUGCAAAUCAGAGUUGCAGUUUUUUUUUUUGUGUAAAGUAUCGAGGGGACAGCUGCCUUAAUUCCCCCACUGCUGCCUUUGACGAUCAAGAAAGUAUGUUGGUCUCCACUUCUGGUGCUGUUGAGCUGUUGGGUAUCCAGGCCUUCACUGCAGCCCAGCACAACUGAGCAAAGCUAACUUUGAAAUCCACCAUUAGUGCUGGGAUGUAACUCAAACCUGUACUGUAGCUACUCAGGCCCAGAAAGAAAUGAUCAAGCCUAAACACAGACCCUGUUUUAAAAAAAAAAGGUUCUUCAGCCUUAAUGAUGACAUAAUACUGGCCUGCUCUGUACUGUAAAGUGCUGUGUAAGAGUGCAACCAAGGAAAGGGGAUAGUGUUUAUGUGCCAUACAACACUGCUGCGGGGUGUAUUCAUUACGGACAGAGAGAACUAUAAUAUCAACUGAAAUGUUACAGGAUGAUGUGCAGGCAUGUGUGUUUUCUAUAAUGGAGACCCAGGAUUGGGUCCAGGCUUGCUGCUCUCUCACCCUCACAAAACACACGGGCCUAAUUCGUGGUUAUGCUACAGGGAGGGACAUUUUUCAAGAUGAUUUAUACACAGAAAGAUUGUCCAAGACACAUGCAUCCUUAGAGCUACUUUGCUUUUUUACAUAUCACAGAAAAUGUAGAAAUCACAGCUUUUGGAUUUCAUGAUAUGCACACAAUUUGUGCGUUGAGAAAUAAUCUUACAUGAAGCCCUGCAGCGGGAUUUUUGCUUUUCAAUCACAAAUGGCCAGUUCAUCCAAGCUGCAGAGCUUCUCCCUCCCUGCCUUUUGAAAGCCAGUGAUGCCUGUGUUGACGACAGCCUCCAACGGUAAACAAACAUUGUCUUUCCCCUGUCCCAUCUAAUCAGGUUUGUGAUGUGAAGAAGCAAGGUUACUUUAUUUUACAAGUAAUUAAAUGAGUCUGCCUUCAGUGGCUGUAAGAGGACAAACAGAGCUGUAACAAAUCUUUAAGAGCAAAGAUUGUAGUGAAAGAGAACUGUAUUUACACGAGAAGAUUUACUUAAAGCAUCGUUUCACCUAAAUUACAAAGAAAAUAUUUAGCCAUGCAGACUUUUUCGGAUUUUAUUUGUCCAAGUUUUGAAAUAUCAGUCAGUGAGAUUUGUGUCUCACAACCAAUACAAUGGAGAUGAAAUGUCUUUAGUGAUCAAAGCUUUGACAAAAGUGCAUUUAAACAGCCAUGCCAGCAGCUCUGAGGCUGUAGUUACAGUAAAUGCCAGCAUGCUCACAAUGACAAUGCUAACAUGCUGAUGUUUAGCAAGUAUGUUUAAAAUGUUAAUUAUCUUUGUUUAGAGUGUUAGCUAGUAACAAUUGCUAAUUUGCACAAAGUACAGCCGAGGCUGAUGUCUUUGUCUUUUUUUGCAGGUAUUUGGUCAUAAGCAAAGUAUUGGACAAAUAAAUGUUUGGACUUUUAGUAGAAAAGUCAGUUAGUCACCAAAGUAAUCAAAAAAUAUCUUCUGGGCACCAUAAAUAUCUCACCACUCAUAUAGUAGUCUUGGAAUACUUUACUAAGCACCAAAUAUGUCAAACGUAUGGUGGAGCUAGAGGAAGAGUUAUCAAAUAAUUAGGACAUAUUAUAUAUAUAUAUAUAGGUCUAGGAACCUGGCCCUCCAUUCACCGCCAUUGUAUUGGGUGGAGGCAGAAAUCUAAGUGAACAGAUAUCUGAAAUCGGAACUUUCUACAUGGUCAGAUACUGACAGAAGUAGGUAAGAAAAUGGUUUUAAUUUUAUUUGGGUGAAGUGACUCUUUAAAGAUUGGUGCAGUAUCUGGUUUACACAGACAAAGGUCUCUUGUGCCAUUAUGAUCUUUUAUAAAAUGUGUUUUUAUGAGGAUUUAUGACUACAGAAUAUGAACAUUUCACAAUCAUGUUAUAUCUGAAAAUGUUGCUUGUUGUUUUCCAAGCAGGUCUAUACGUUGUAUUUCUGUUUAUUCACACUCAGCGGGCCAGUGAAACACGUGCCGCUGAAGUGCUGAGCUGGUCCAGAUGAGACAGAGAUGAAGAGAGAUGGAGGAUGGAACCACAUUAUCUUACCCAUGCUGCUGCUCAUUACUCCUGGUGCAAACCAAAUAAGCCUUCACACACACGCGCAGGCACGCACACAUGCACACACGCACACACGCACACACACACACACACACGUCAUCUGGAACGACCCUAUGAGUGUCCCUGCCUGUGUAUUGUACGUCCUGCAACACACUCAUCAUAGAGAAGCAUGGACACUGGAUAUUCUAACAACAUGCCGAUUGUAGCCACGACACUGAAGCAGUUUGUGAGGCAUCUGAGAGCCCAUGUUGACAAUCAAGGGAAACAGCUAGAGCAGCACUUUUAACUGGAGAAUCAAAGUAGGUGAUCUUAUAGAGUCUUUUAUAGAGGGCAAAGCAAGCGGAAACCUUUUUCACAUGUUGCCCCUAUUAAAAUUAAGUCUUGUGGCCGGGUUAGCUCAUUUGGUGGAGCGGGCGCACAUAUAUAUAUGGAGGUUUGCUCUUCGACGCGGCGGCCUCGGGUUCGGCUCCAACCUGCGGCCCUUUGCUGCAUGUCGUUCCCCCUCUCUCUCCACUUUCAUGUUUUCAUCUGUCCUGUGGAAAUAAAGGCCUAAAAAUGCCCUAAAAAAUUCUCUUUAAAAAAAAAUAAAUAAUUAAGUGUUGAGCGAAAAUACAUUUAUACUUGACCAUGAGGUCACACAGUCUGCUGUCUGUGUGUAUCAGGACCUCAAGUGUCUUUUACAGUAACAGAUGUGCCUGAGGACUGGAAGUAGAGCGGUACACAGCCCUUCAUGAGGAGCUUAAGACGUUAGUUUCUACUUGUUCUGCUGAUUGAUUGGACUCUGAUACAGUUAUUGGUUUUGAAAAUGGCUGGGUAAUGGUGUUUUACAGUGUUAUAAUAUGAAGGACAUGGCCCUCUGCCAUGUUACAGUCCUUUCUCUCUGACUGUCUGGCUUUUGCAUGCAGUGUUUUUAAACGCAUUAAAAAAAAUGCCAAAAAUA